UGACUAAUCCUAAACCGACAAUUCCCCGGAAACCAGGGAACUGAAAACAUAACUUCUUCUAAUUUAACCUCCACUGCAAACCUUACUAUCUUUAAUAGAGAUCCUGUCAUCCAGAUCCCACUGCCUGGGAACUUGCACGCGGUGGUCAGGGUUAUGAUCGGGAAGGAGCGGAAUAUUGACCUCACAUGGCGGAGUAGCUUCCUGGAAGCGACAUGCUGUUUUUCUUUCCGCUGGCUGAUGCAGGGGAACGACGACGGCGGCGGGAGGAGCUAGGGCAAGGGACUGGGUUUUCGGCAUCAGAGUGUCGCUGGCCCCGAUCCGGUGUUAAGGAGAUGAUGAGAUUGUGCGGUGGGGAUUUGGAUAGACUCGUUAGAGGGGGGAGGUUCGGAUUUGGGCGCCGAUCAUGACUUUUCAAUCGUUGAACCAGGCAAGAUCAAAUCAAAAUGAAACUCCCAUCUAGAUACCUGAUCGUGUAGUUCCUUGAACACCAAGUUGUGCUCCUUUGAUCGAAUGGAGUAAAAUACUUGUGUGAACAAGGAAUUACCCAAGCAGCUGAGGAGGAUGUGGCAUAAAAAAUUAUAAAGCUGGAUCUGCAUCACAAUACCAAACAAGGCGCAUGAAUGAGUUUGAUAAGGAUUAGGAUUCAUCUAUACCCUUCUGUACAUAUGUUACGUGUAUUUCUCCGGUGACAACCUUCGCGUAACGUGGGUCGUCGAUAUUGAAAGAUAUUCGUAAGAAAGAGAGUUAGAAUGAAGAGAAUAUUCAGAGGAACGAAGAUAACUACAACUACUAUUGGAUUCCAAUCUUUAACAUGACAUUAACCGAAAGACCAAGUACAUAUUUAUAGGCAUAAAAGCCUCUACCUUAUCCUAUCUAGAACAUGACUCCUACUCCUAUAAGGAAAUUACUAACAAUAACCAAAUCCUACUUAAACAAGGAAAACACAAUUAAAGACAAUUAAUAGUAAAAUACUAAAUAAUAAAAUAAUCAAGCCCAGAUCGAGGCCCAAUAGUUAGGAUGGCUUGAUUCUCAUAACAUUCCUCCCCCCUUCGCAGUAACCUUGUCCUCAAGGUUGAUCAUCUUCAUGGAUGAAUUGACCUUCCUCCUAGUCGGUACACGCGCCUAUCAUUAGUAGAACGUUCUUGUUGGCAAAAAGAUGGCCAAUCGUAAAACGUUCAUCGCAAUGGAAGCAAAUUCCUUGCGCCCGGCGACGUGCUACCUCCUCUGGAAAUAUCCUCCUAGCAUAUUGGUUGCGCGGCGGUGUGAUCUGCAGUGGAGGUGGUGAUGGCUCGGCCGUGGCCUCCAUGGUUGCUCGCGGUGGAUUCCUUUCACUCCUUGAUGCUUUGUCAGCUCUUCAUUUUUCACCUUGGCAAGUCGUAUUUCCUCUCGCAUAGUCUCUAGAUUGAUGAUGCGAAUUGCAUCAAAAAUUUCAGAUUUGAGACCACCAAUAAAUGAACCCACUAGCGCCUCUUUGGUCCACCCAAAGCACAGGUUACCCAAUUUCUCGAAAGUCAACAAGUAGUCACUCAAGGAACCAGUUUGCUUGACUUUGGCAAGCGCCUCGUAGCAAGAGACGUUAUCGAACGACCCAAAUCUUUCCCAUAGCUCUUCUCGAAACCGAAGCCAUGUCAUUGUCAAACCCGAUGUCGUAUAAGCGCGAUCCAACCACUGCCACCACUAGUUGGCAUCUCUCUCCAUGUGAUAAGAUGCCAAGAGCAACUUAUGUUCUUCCGGAGUUUCCAUGUGAUAAGCGCGAUCCAACCACUGCCACCACUAGCCCAGAAGUUCCGCUCGCCCGUGACCGGCCCAGGUCGCCGCCUCCAUCCCAGCCUGGUCGGACUCCGCCCCGCGCCCGCCGCUGCUUCUGGCCUGUCUCACAGAUUCCCUCAUCGACGAGACCCCUCCCAAAACUGACUGGGUUUGCGUCGUCGCCGAUGAAGCCCGGAGGAAAUGAGACUUGCAGCGCCGCCAUUGGUCGCGAGAAGUCCCCACUCCGGCCCGAUCACGACGAUCGAUGCCUCCACGUCCACCCUGUCGUCGUUGCGACUGCCGCGGUUCGCCGUGCGUCCCGAACCGCCCAUCGUGUGCGGUUUCGGGACGAGCUUACCCGCCGCGACCUCCUCGUCCGCCAUCACCCCUUUGAGCUUCUCCCCCUCCGAUACGUCCACGAUCGAAUGCUGCAUUGGAGACUAGCUCGCCGCUGUCUUCCCCUCGCAGGAGAUCGUGAUGAGUUGCCUCAUCAUCUCCAACAAGGUUGCAUGUUGCUACGCCAUUGCAUCUUGGAACUGUUACGCCAUAUCCGCCUGGCUUUGCAUGAUAUCCGUCUGAACUUGCUGCACGAAGGAUGUCUGGAGUAGCGACAUGGUGGCCUUAACCUUCAAGACUCCCUCUUCGACGCCAUGUUGUACUUGGCCGGUCGCGUCAAUCCGCGCGGUGGCGUCCUGCUGCGCAUGGAGGAGACCCUGAAGGAGCUCCUCGUCGAUCGCGCGGCUGGUCGGAGGUCGUCAUUGCUUGUGUACCCUUCUUUAGCACCAUUUUAUCGGAUCACGUUAGUCACAGAGCAACCAGACUUUGAUACCAAUUGUUACGUGUAUUUUUCUGGUGAGAACCUUCGCGUAACGUGCAUCGUUGAUGUUGAAAGACAUUCGUGAGAAAGAGAGUUAGAACGAAGAGAAUAUUCAGAGGAACGAAUAUAACUACAACUACUAU